ACACAUUGUAGCGUUGUUAUGGUUACAAGGAACGCCAUUUUUGUCAAAAUACCGCCAAGAAUUUCGCAAAGUUUUAUGAAACAGAAUGUAACAAAUAAACAAUAAGCUGCCUCCGGGAUCUAAAUACAAUGUCAUCAAAUCAAAUAGUCAACUCUUUGCUUCAAAAACAACAAAUCAAACAGGAUUCGAACGUAGUUGAACUUUAUCUCGGCAAACUUGGUUUAAGUUGUUUAAGCUCGCUUGGAAGGUUCAGGUUUUUGCAACGACUUUGGUUGAAUUCCAACCAAAUCAAAAGUUUGGUCGCUGAAGACGGAAUUAAACAAUCAUUUCUAAGGAACAACCAUAGGAUAACUGAGUUGUAUUUACAAAACAAUGAGCUUAGUGAUGUCACAGGAGGUAUUUCACACUUGAGAUAUCUCCAAGUGUUAAUGCUACAGAAGAACCAACUUGUUAAUUUGAACGCGAUCUUACACGAGCUGUCUACACUGCAAGCAUUAAGGGUGUUAAACUUAUUCGACAACCCAGUGGUGCAGGAGGCCGGGUAUCGACUUCUAGUGAUUCAUCAUCUACCAUCAGUUGCUUUGUUGGAUCGGGAAGCUGUGACGUCAAACGAACGUAAGAAAUGUCGGCAAAUCCACGAACCUGAGAGGGAGGAAGUGAUGUCAUCAAUUGCGUUUGGGCGGAGGCUUGGUGCCAAGCGCUCGCUAGAGCGUUACACCAAGUCACAUGAUCAAUGUGGAACUACUCAUGCACGCAAGGAAGACCCCACCCCCCCUAGUGGAAGACACAAUGAACAAUCACUCAUGUGUUACACAACAAUGGAUUGGUCGCGCGUCCCGUUGAGUGAACAACGAAGAUUCGAAACAAAAAUUAUUUCACCCGAAAAUUUAAUCGUCAAGUUUCACUAAAAAUAUCAAAACUGUUGAACUAUAUUUGCCCCACACUUUACCUUCAACCUUCUGUUAAAAGUUCCAACGCACAGUUUACCAAGAAUGCAUCGUUCUACCAUUUACUGCCAACUUCUAAUAUUGUUUUUUUUUAUCUUAUAUUUUUUUUUGUAAACUAAAACGACCAAAUCAAAUUAUGGUGAAACAAAUUACUAUAUUUUCGUUGCUUCAUGCUUUAACAUAGAAUCUAAUUAUCAAUGAAUAAUAUUUGUUAUUUCUAUUUUAUUGAAACAAGAGGGCAAAUAUAUAAGAAUAUUUUAUUAUGGUUGAAAGUUCAUUGUUUUAUGACAAUGACAUCGUUUGUGAGUCGUAAUAAACGAAGGAACU